GAGGCAGACCGCUGACGACGAGCCUCCGGGGUAUAUUUAAAGCCCUGGGAAAGCGGAAGCCCGGCCUGCUGUGUGUGUUAUCAUCUCACGGCUGCUAGCUAGCACAGGGCUGAGUAGCAUAUCAGCAGCUAGCAAGUGGCACUGCUCUGUGACCAAUGCUUUUAAUUCACACAUCGCUACGGCUGAAAAUGAAAAGCAGAGGAAAGGCGAGGUUGUUAGGGCGGUUAGUGUCAGCAGCUGUGGAGCAGCUGUAAGAAGAAGACACGUGACACUUACUUGUGGAGAGCAGAGUUUGUGCUUCCUGCUUCGCCCCUGACCCUUUACACUUCACCUCCACCUCUACGGCCGGUGUUGGGCCACUUUAACCAUGACGACAGGGGGGUGUUGCCACCUGCCCGGAUCUCUGUGCGACUGUGCGAGCAGCACUGGCCUGUGGAAGAACGUGGAGGAAGCAGGUGGUGACGGGUGCCCGGCGCUCUACGUCACCCAGGUCACAGCCAUAGAUGGACGGCUGCUCUCCUCCGUGCUCAAACCCGUCGGCACACAAAGUGAUGGUCCCAUCUGCCGUAUUUGCCACGAAGGAGGCAGCAGUGAGGGCCUCCUGUCUCCGUGUGACUGCACAGGCACCCUGGGCACGGUGCACAAGAGCUGCUUGGAGAAGUGGCUGUCGUCUUCCAACACCAGCUACUGUGAGCUCUGCCACACAGAGUUCAGCAUCGAGCGCCGACCGAGGCCUCUCACAGAGGUAACAAAGUGGCUGCGGGACCCUGGCCCUCGUAAUGAGAAGAGGACGUUGUUCUGUGACAUGGUUUGCUUCCUGUUUAUCACGCCCUUAGCAGCCAUUUCAGGCUGGCUGUGCCUGAGAGGCGCUCAGGACCAUCUUCAGCUGGGGAGCUGGCUGCAGGCCGUGGGCCUCAUAGCCCUCACCAUCGCCCUCUUCACCAUCUAUGUCCUGUGGACCCUGGUAUCUUUCCGCUACCACUGUCAGCUGUAUUCUGAGUGGAGAAGAACAAAUCAGAAAGUGCGACUGCUCAUUCCUGAAGCAAAGGAGUCUAACUCUUCCCAGCAUUCCUUGCUCUCUACCAAACUGAUGAAGAAGUCCGCCAGUGAGAGCAUUGUAUGAAACCAAACAGAUGGUCGAUGAUGAUGGUGUCUUUUAUGUGCAGGGGCUGAUUGUUGACACAUCAAGUCUGCCAGCUAGCCUUUAAAGAAGCACCUGUGGGCUGUUUUGUCGCUUUUUUAAAAAACAAGCUUUGCCCCAUCAGUACUUAAUUCAGUUUUUUUGUUUUUAAAAAAUCUGCCCUCCUGUGGGUGCAGAAACGAGCGCAUCUAGAUGGAGUCUGUCUGUCCUCACACGGGGGGGGGGGGGGUUGACCAAGCUUAUGCAAAGACAUAGAAGAAUGGAAUAGCACAGGGAAUGUGCACAUACAUUUACAGAGACGUAGGCACAGGCUCAUCAUGAUGGAUGGAAAACACGAUAACAUAAGAUACCAGUAAAAUAAGAAAGGACCAAACUAACUUGUUUAGUGGACUAAUGUUCAAAUGAUUGUUCUGUUUAGUUUCCACAACCCAUCGACGGUCCACAGAUGACUGCAGAUGGUAGCAGGUCCACUCAUUGUCGAGCUGCAAACAUGAAAAUGUCCAUUGAGGAGCUCUUUCAGGCAGUUACUGUGUGAUCCCACGUUAAUCUGUAAAGGGAAAAAAACUAAGAUUUGAGCUUUGAUUUAUUUGCAUAUCACAAUCCAGAUGCCAGUGAGAUGAAACUUUUAAUUUUAGCACCAGCCUAUUGGACUUCUUUAAAGCUCCCCCCUGCACCUGUUUUUACAUGCCAUCCGAGAGUGGGUGGCUGCAUAGUAAAGCCAGAGAUUGUGCAAUAAAACACUGUGGACAUCGAGGUUUUCACAGUACAUGAAGAGACCUGUACCAACAUGCACAGUUAAUGCAUGCAAGGACUGUUAAUCAUUUUGGGGGAUUCUUUUGUGUGUGUAUAGUUAAAAUUCUUUUGUGGUAUGAACAGAUUUACUAAUUUACUAUUCCUACUGAAGUAGGGUUUAACUGUGUCCUCAUAGAGGUUCUUGUAUUAUCAGCACUUAGCUGAGUGUAUAGAUCGAUAGAAAACACAUCAAAAUGGCUUUUAGAGAAACAUUUGUUUGGCGGCUGAUGCAGUGUCCUUCUAAUUGCCUGUUAAAGUACUUAAUUAUAGCUGUUUUGUUUUUCAGAACACACACAUUGUGGUAUAUGUGUAGUUUCUGUCAUCACACUAAGAAUCAGGGAUACAGAAACUUCCUAUGAGCAUUUAUCAUUUAUCUGUUGGGGGGGGCUUCUGCCAGUCUCACAUAUACUCUACCCACCGACAGGGUACAUUAUGCAAGCACCAUUAAGGCUUAAUCUGACUUUAUCUUUGUUUUGUCUGAAGCCGCUAGACGCUCACCUGCUUUUUCGAAGUCCAUUAGAUGGAUGUCCUGUUUUUCUGGGGGUGCAAACUUCCCCUCAUCAUGUUUUGAUGUUACGGAGCAGACUCAUUUGGGACAGGCUGCAUUGGUUGUUUGGGGUAGUAGAGAGAAUCCACUUCUCUCUCUUGUAUAUACUUUGGUGCAGUUUCUAAUCAAGUUACUUAUAGUGGCUGGUAACUAACCAGUCAGAAAACACAAACCACAAUAUCCGCCUGGUUUCCACAUGUUUGGAUCAUAGCGUGGUCCAGCUUUGAACAUAGUUUAUUACUUCAUUCCACUUAGUUUAGGUUAUGGGGAGACGGUUAAUUGCUACUUUUACUCACUGUGGCCAACAACACAUGCGCUAUUGAGAACAACAUUGUUGUUAAAACCAAUGUAAUUCAGCCUAUGGCCCGAAACACACUGCCUUUAAGAACACAACAAGGUGGUCCUCUUUGCCUGUGUUCCAGUAUUAUAGUGCAGAUCUUACUAUCUGUAAGCGUUUCAUUUAUAACUGUUCAGUUCUGUGGGGUGCAAUAGACGACGUAGCUGUACUACGCAGGUAACGUUGAAAGAAAGGAGGUGAGCUUAAAACUAAAGCUAAUGUAAAGCUAGACUGGUUGGUUAUCUUCAUGACUAAACUUUAGUUCCAACAUCACAAUUAUUGGCUUUUGAAGUUGGUUCUUCUAUAUUCAGUGGAAUCACAUUUUUAUCCUUACUGACCAGUGAUCAUACAUUUGAUUAUCAGACUUAUCACACCGACCAUGCUUUAUUCUUCUCUGCGUGCUUUUUGGUAACUUUCUUCUCGACAUCAAAGUGAAGGCGUGGAUCCAUUUCGCGGAGGCAUUCAGUACUGACACAGUGAGAACGCAUGCAGUACAUCAUCUGUCAUGUGCAGAGCAUAGACCGUAUAUAAAAAGAUGCAGAGGCCAAAAGUCUGGAUUUUAUGCACAAUUGUGUUAUUAAUGUUAAUUCAAAACACACACAUAUUUACUUUUUUUAACAAUCGGGCUUAAACAACAUUUGACUGAAACUGGUGUCGUCACAAAGAGUCAACCAAGCACAUUUCAAGCACCUUUUUAGUAAGCAUCAACACAGUUUCUUUUUUUCCGUCUGUACUCUACUGAUUUUCAUGCUAACCUUGUGACCUGAAAUGAAAUUACAAGUUUAUUGGCUCCCUGGGGCUGCUGUUGUAUAACAUUAGUCACAGGAACAGGGGUGCAUCUCAGCAGUACUCUUUAGUGGGAAAUUGACAGCAGCAGCCAUCUUUCUUGUAAUGUUUUUAUCCGUAUUGGCUGCGGACAGCGUGACCGCUGGCUGUAAGCGCUGUUUCCUCGCCCCAGCCUUUUGUCCACACUAACAUUAUGCUUUGGUACUGUUAGCUCCUCAUACUCGUCCCUCAUACUGCCCCAGUUAAUCAUUUGUUUGUGUUUUUAACUCAUCUCAGAACAAAGCAUUUUAUCCUGCUAUACUGCGAUGCACCCGGGGGGGCCUCACAAGCUUAUGACUCACUUGAUCAUCCGUGUGUUUACUGUUUGUUCUGGACGAGGCUCUAGCCCAUGUAUUGGGAUCUGUUGGCGGCACAGAUUUGAAGCAAUUUGAAGAGCUGAGGUGCAGUGAUUCAACACUGCCUGCCUAUAAGAAACGACUGAAAUGUAGGUCAGUGCAGAAGAUAUCUGACUUGCACAGCCCCAGAUCAUUUAUGAUGAUGAUGAUGAUGAUGAUACCAGUUUUUUUAUAGCACUGAAAGUCUGUACAAAGUGGCCUACAAAGUAUGCAACACUGCUCUUUCUUUGGCUGCAUGCCCAUUCAUGUCAGCGUUAUAAGAGCUGCAUGAUCCUGGUGUCUCCAAAGAGUUUUAAGUGUUAUUAUACUUUAACCAUAAUGUAAUACUUUAUAUAACUCCCACAGUUCAAAUCCAGAAAGGGACUUGAAAUCAUUGUUUUUAUUGUUUCUUUGCUGAACAAAUAAACAUGUUAAUGUUGUA